AUGCCUACUUAUCUGAUGGGAAUUUACAAGUUUCCGAGUUGGGUGACCAAUGCGAUCUCUUCGGCUAUGGCACAAUUUUUUUGGGGACAAACUGAAGGAAGGAGACGGAUCCAUUGGAGGAGUUGGGCAUCCAUGUGUGAGCUCAAAUGUCUGGGUGGGCUAGGGUUCAAGGACCUAGACGUUUUUAAUGAUGCGUUUCUUGGGAGACAAGCUUGGCGAAUUAUGAAGGGAGAUAAUACGCUUCUUGGUAAGGUGAUGAAGGUGAAGUAUUACCAUAGAAGCUCUUUUCUUGACGCUCCGCUUGGCUACUCACCUAGUUUUUCAUGGAAAGGCAUUUGGAGUGCUAAGGCACUGAUUAGAGAAGGGAUGAUAUGGCGAGUGGGCACUGGUGCAGAUGUUAAUGUGUGGGGGAACCCGUGGAUUGCAGAUGAAGAAGGGAGGUUUAUCUCGAGUUCUAUGGUUGAUGAGGCUCAAAAGGUUCAAGAUUUGAUAAUUGCUGGUACUAAUACGUGA